UGGUGUUGGCUUACCUCGUCGGUCGUCUGAGAGCUUUUAGGAACCCUCGCUGAUCGUGGUGGCGGAACAGCGUCAUUGCGAAGUUGGUCAGCAGGGUAAUCGAGACGAGAGUGCGGAGGUCAGCGCGCGCCUGGUAAGCACUAUAUAUGUGCGGCUGAAGUCUUGUUGAAGUGUUACGAGCGCGGGUGAUUUUCGUUGCGCCUCGUGGUGUUAAGUCGUUCUCUGUGCCCAGCUGUCCUUCUCUUUCUGCACUUGGUACGCGGUUUGUAGUGUCCGGAACUGCCUGUAGGACAGACAGUCGAGAGUGUGAAGCGGUCUUUCUAGUGUUCAACCAUGGCUCGUACGAAGCAAACUGCUCGGAAGUCGACGGGAGGUAAGGCGCCUCGCAAGCAGCUGGCUACAAAGGCUGCGCGGAAAAGCGCGCCAACUACGGGCGGAGUCAAGAAGCCCCAUCGCUACAGGCCCGGAACUGUCGCUCUUCGUGAGAUCCGCAAGUACCAGAAGUCGACCGAGCUUCUCAUCAGGAAGCUUCCCUUCCAGCGUCUUGUUCGCGAAAUCGCGCAGGAUUUCAAGACGGACUUGCGUUUCCAGAGCCAUGCCGUUCUCGCCCUCCAAGAGGCGGCGGAGGCCUAUCUUGUGGGUCUUUUCGAGGACACCAAUCUGUGCGCCAUCCACGCCAAGCGUGUGACAAUCAUGCCAAAGGACAUUCAGCUUGCAAGGAGAAUUCGCGGCGAGCGAGCUUAGGCAGUCCAAAGGAGACAUGGGGAGCGAGGGAGGGUGGAGGGCUAUUGUAUAUACUUGUCAGCCGUUUCUAAAAUCCACUAAUGGCGGGAUGCCAUAAACAGCAGGGAGGGAAUGGACGACAGAGAUGGUGGGCGUUUUAUGGAGAAGGGAUAGUCUCUCGGCGGCGGUAUGUGUCUAUGCUGCGGAUUGACUGCUUGACGUGUCACCCGCUCGUUAAUCGUUUCCAAGGAGGUGGCGGCGAUGGACGAACCGAAGAGAUGCUUGGCUGUUUCGCGUGCGAUACCACCUUAUAGCGAAGCGAACACGUUCGCUGGAAGGAAAGAAGAUGGGGCCUACCGAAGAAUGGUGAACGUAAGGAAGGUCACGACCCCUUGGAGGGAGGGUGCAUGGAAAAAAUGGCUGCUGACUCAAUCAUCUGGCACCGCGUUAAGCAGUGUUUCAUGCGCUUGUCUUUUAGCGUUUCGCAGCCGUUCGUUCCUCUUAAAGUUUGUAAGUAGAGGUUCCUUCAACUAAACUCUGUGAGCAGUGGUCUCGCCGUCGGGCUCCGCCUCCUUCAGUGGUAGUGGCUGUUGUUUAUCCACUGGGUGAUCUUAAGCAGCUGUUCUUCCGUUGAGCGAUGCCUCAAGCAGACGUUCCUACGUCUGAACUUCGAAAGAAACGGUUCGUCCGUUCGGAAGUCGUUCUGCUAAACUCUGUGGGCAGUCGUAUGCCCGUUGGGCUCAAUCAG